UCCCCACUACUAAGCUGCACUAUUCCUUCACAAUGGCGGGCGCGCGCCUCGCGGCGACCCUCCUGGUCGUCGCGCUGAGCUCCCAGGUCGCCCUCGGGUGCUGGACCGGUUACGUCAACAACUGCGGGACGCGCACCGCCAAGUGUCCCUGGUCCAGUAGCGCGGGCUACGGCGUCAAGCACUACCCGACGGACCUUACCAGCUGCAGCGGAGUGCAAGUCACGUGCUAUUCCAACAGCGGGUGCACCAACAAGGAGAGCACGGCGUGCGGGAUCUGCUACAUUGAGUCGGGGACGAACAAAGUGGUGCUGAUGUGCUCGGCGACAACGUCGUUGAUUAGCAGCAACUGGUUCUGGGGGAGCAGCAACUGCAAGGCGCUCGUGACCAACCCGGUGACGUCCAGCUGCGCGAACCCCAUUCUGUACCCUGGCAACGGCAUCUGCGGUGACCCCCACUUCGCUGCGCCCGGCGGCAUCUUCUUCGACUGGCACGGAAAGCGCGACGAGAGCUUCAGCAUCAUCUCCGACUCGCGGUUCCAACUCAACGGCCGCUUCAUUGGUCAGCGCGUCGACUCUGACAAGAUUGAGCCCGGCACCUGGAUGGAGGAGAUCGGCAUGGGCUACGUGGCUGAGAAGACCGACGACGUGCACUUCGUGACCAUUGGUGUGGACCAGGAGAAGGAGCACGAGAACGCCGACGCCUUCUACUUCACCUUCGACGGCGAGGACAUCGCAGUCGGCUCCGGCUCCAAGACGUACACGUGGCAGUCCCCUGACGGCAUGGUGACCGUCACCCGCAAGCCGCACAUGCGCGCGCAGGCGCACGUCAAGAUCGAGGGACUGUUUGAGGCGACCUUCUACACCCGCGUCGAGAGCAGGAUCCAGCUGGAGCCGCUGGGCAAGUACCUGGACCUGGAGAUGGACAACCUGCAGCUCACCAAGCACGUGCACGGUGUCCUGGGCCAAAUGUUCCGCCCCGACAUUUUGGAGCGGAAGGAGCGCGCGGCCGCGAACGCGACGUCGCACGAGGCGCUGGUGGACGGCACCACGGAGGACUACCGUGUGUCUGACGUCACGGCUUACGACAGCGCGUUCAACCAGUUCCACCACGGCGCGGGCCUGCGCAUCAAGUCCUUCAACAUCGUGUCUGACGUCAGCCGCGCCAUGCGCAAGAUGAUGAGCGUCGACGUGCCCGCGGUGACCGGCGCUGACGUCACCGUCAGCCGCCUGGCGUGCAGCCAGGGCGCGGGGCGGCUGGUGUGCGCGUAG